GUUGAACACCAGAGGAUCAGUAAUAUAACACUACUAAAAUAUAUAUAGAAAGAUAGAGAUCGAAGAAUUUGGAAAAACUAUUGGCAUUGAGACAUAUAAUUAAAUUGUGGAUUAUAUUAGAGAAACCACAAUUAACACAAAAAAUAAAGGAGAAUAGGAUAAGUUGCUCGGUUUCAGAGAUUUAGAAGUAAUCGAGGCAUAUGCAGAAGCAUAGAAGGUAGAAAUACUCGAUGAUCCUCCUCUAAUAAAUAGAGAUAAAAUGGGUAAUUGGUUGGAAAACUUUUAAAGAUAAUUACAGAAUAUAAAUAGUGACACAAAAAGAUUUGGAAGGAAUAAGGAAAAUAGAUUUAUUUUAGACUAGAAACAAAGUGGAUAAGAAAGAUGGAUACUUUAAUGUGAAAUGUAAGAAACAUGGAGAAUAUCAUACAAAGAAACAUCUAAUGGAACACUUGAAAGAAGAUUGCCACAAACUUUAGGGAGAGUGAAGACAUUAAAAAAUAUUAAUAAUUAAAUGAUAGUUUUCAGCGAAUUUCGGAAAGAACCACUCCUUUUAACUUUCUAGAUCUAAGAUAACUAAUAUUUUUAAUUUACUUCU